AUGGCCGCGGCCUCCCCAGGCCCUGCAGGCCGCCCCGGCGUUGGUUACCCCGGCAACCCCCGCUACUUCCGCCUCACGCCUCCGUCACGUCACGGCGCGCCUCCGUUACGUCACGGCGCGCCGCCGUACGUCACGGCGCCAGGCCGUGGUGGAAGGCUGGAGAAGGACGGCGUGCGUAUGACACAGCCCCCUCCUGAGAGGCUGACAUCCUGCUUCCUCCGCUCUUUUAUCUUGGUGCAGCGAUCUCCGCCAUCGCGUUUCCUACGUGCAGCGGGUGACGCUGCCGAGAAAGGUCCCCGGCCUUCGAAUGGAAACAGCGUGAAGGCGCAGCCGGUGCCGGGGCGGAGCGUGCUGCUGCUGGGGACACCCCUGCCGUGCACGCCGGAGAAUAAGCUGCCGCUGUGGGGAAGGAAGCACAGAGAGAAGGACGGCACGGCACGGCUGACCGAGCAGGGGACCGACCACCUCGCCAUGGCUUCAGGAGCCUCGAAGACGAUGUGGGGCAGUAUGGAGGUGGCCCUGACCGGCCUCUGUGCCGUCCUGCUCUGCUGUGGUCCCAUGCUGGCCAGCUGCCGCCGGGUGACCUUCUUCCCAGCCAUGUUAACUCUCCCUGCAGGUGGUUCAGCCACCUUCUUCUGCAACAUCUCCAUGGAGAAUGACUCUGGCUCAGAGUACAGCCUCAAUUGGUACAAGGAGAUCAACCACAGCCAACCCCAAAAAAUUGCUGAAAUCAGCCGGAACAAACCCCAGACAAUGACAGAAAAGUACCUGCUCACCAACCACACUCCUGCCUUCAAGAUCGAGAUCCUGAACCUUCACCAGAAUGACUCUGGAUCCUACUACUGUGGGCUGAUCACCUUUUUUCAACCUAAUAAAGUGAUGGAGAGCACCCGGUCCCACCUGGUUGUCACAGCAGCCCCUGAGAAGACAAAUGCCACUGAUGAGCCCGAGCUGGAGGAAGGCAAUUCCCCGGAUCACAUCAAGGCUGUGUUCCUGGGCAUCCUGCUGCUGGCUGGGGCAGUUGCAUUGCUGAUCUUUGGCUACCUCACCGUCACGUACAGGAGAGGAGAUGUGCAAAAACCACGAAGUGAAAAUGUGCCAGUGAAGGAAGAGAAGCCCCCUGUGGUGUCUGUGUCCACUGUGGACUAUGGUGUGCUGGAGUUUCAACGGGACCAGUGCACCCAGGUGCCCUCCGAGACCCGACCUGUUGAUCAGACUGAAUACGCCACUAUCAUCUUCCCAGAGGAGAAACCUGUCACACCGGAGCGGGGGAAGAAACACCAGGAUGAGAGGACUCGGCAGCUGCAGCCAUGCUGAGGGCUGGGGUCCCUCCUGGCUGGGGGGGUGCAGGCAGGGACAGGCUGCCCUGGUCUCUUGCUCCCACCACACUUUGCUGUUGGGAAAAACCCAGCGUACAAGGACUGGAGUGACAGAGGCACUGCUGCUGGAGUUGAUAUUGGACAGUCCUGGCCAUGGUGGGAUCAUGGCCAUGGGGUGGGUACCGUAAGAUGAGGAAGGUCCCUACUAGGCUUCAAGUGCUGCCUCUUCGCUCAGCGCAGGGAUGAUGGGCUGGGGCAGAGCAGCAACACCAACAAGUCUGUCCUAAAGGUGAUUUUACAUCAUAUCUUAGUUUUCUACCUCCACCCGGGGCUCUCUGGACUGGCCACGCUGCUUCCCUCACCCAGGUCUGACCCAACUAGCAAAGCACAACUGUGGGACAAAACUCCGGAGGCCAGAGCUGGAGUGGAUCCUGGGAGAUGCUGCUCGUGGGGCGCCAGGGCUGAGGGCUUCUUGCCCUGGGCAGAGACUACCUUGUGUACUGUUAUUUAAAGAAUGCCCUGGGAAGUGGGCGGCUGGUUUUCCUCCUGUCUCCAGGCACUUUCCUCCUCUGCAAGAGGGGAAGUCUACCCCCAUGUCCCUUCC